AUGAGUAAGAGCGAGAAAAAAUACGUGCCGUUUAUGCGCCAGUGCUUUGUGACGGCGAGUGUGGCGCUGAACAUCGUUGGACAUGGUGCUGUUAUAGGCUACGCCGCCGUGCUGAUUCCCGCACUGCGUCAUCCGGACUCGCAUAUCGUCGUCACACCGAGUGAGGAGUCAUGGAUCGCGUCCAUCGUCGGCUUUGCCCUGAUAGUUGGCAACUUAAUCAUGACACCCAUGAUGGACACACUUGGCAGAAAAAAGUCCCAUUUGCUUACAAUAUUACCCAACAUGACGGGCUGGUUUAUGCUGCUCAUGGUGAACAGCGUUGCAGGGCUCAUCACAGCAAGAUUCCUUCAGGGUGUCGCUAUGGGUAUGCUCGGACCUCUGGGAUCUAUUAUCAUCGGUGAAAUGACAGACCCGAAAAAUCGAGGAGCUUUCCUUACCAGUGUCUCGCUCUCCCUAACGAUUGGUGUCCUUUUUUCCCAUGCAUUGGGCACUUAUUUUAGUUGGCAACAGAAUGCACUGAUCUGUUCAUUCAUCACAUUCACCAGCUUGCUCCUGAUAAUCUACACUCCUGAAUCGCCGUCGUGGCUGAUCGCAAAAGGGCGUUAUGAGAAGGGAAGCGAGAUAUUCUUCUGGUUGAGAGGUCGUGACAGAAAGCAGGAGUUGGAGUUGGAAGAUAUGAUUGCAGCUCAAAAAUCGGCCAGGAAAUCGAGUGUCGGUGACCAGAAGCAGUCCAUCGGCACACGGAUUAGGCGUUUGCUAAGUUAUCUAAAGGAAACGUCCAGAAAACCGGAGUUCUACAAACCUAUCAUAAUAAUGUUCUUGUUAUAUACUAUGUUCCAAUUUGCUGGCAUAAACGUUAUAAGUUCCUAUGUCAUGGACAUCGUGCAUCAGUUAGUCGGGCCAGGGGUAAACGCCAAGUUGAUUAUGGUUGCAUUGGACAUUGAGCGAUUGGUUUGCAAUAUACUUGCCGUGUUCCUCAUGAAGACCAUGAAACGGAGGACGUUGUUGUUUAGUAGUAGCGCCAUCUGUGUUCUCUCGUACCUCGGAAAAGCGGGUUACGCUUAUAGCAAAGCAAACGGCUUACUUCGUUCACCGUUCGAAAACCAAUGGAUACCUCUCACCCUUAUAGGCUCUUACAUGUUUUCCCUUACUAUCGGCAUAUCAUCAAUACCCUUCGCGAUAUCUGGGGAAAUCUUUCCACUUGAAUAUCGGGGAUUAGGAGGUGGAAUCAGUGUCUUAGCAUUAUCUUUAAAUUUCUUUGUCGCUGUAAAGUCUUUCCCGGUGUUAAAUCUUGCCGUGGGCCUACCUUGGACUUAUUGUUUGUAUGCUGGCGUUGUGGUGGUCUGUCUGUCCGUCAUUUACUUCAUGUUGCCGGAAACUAAGGAUAGGACUCUGCAAGACAUUGAGAACAGCUUCCGUGGAUGGACGGCGGAAGAUUAUAGAAGUUCACAGCCAUUGAACGGGAAAUCUAACGCCGAGAUGAGGAGAUGCAGUUCUCAUAUACUUUAUUAA